UCGUUCAAAGUGAAUAAAUCGUGCCAAAUUUUAUUAUUUGUAUUUACAAAUUACAUUGUGCUUGAGUUCGACUAUAAAAUUCUCGUUUCACGUUCCCAAAACUUUGUAGAACAAUUUCUAUUUUAAAUUAGUGUAUGUUUAUAUUUGGUAUACAUACAUUAGUUCAAUUGCAAAAGUAUUGUGUGUAUUGUUUACUAAAGUUUGUUGAAUACAUAAGUGUCGUCAGUUCAGUUUCUUUGUUCUCUUUUGUGUUGUUUAUGAAGAUGUAUUUGAAAACAUUUCUUUUUGCUAUAAUAUUAUUUACAAGUACAUGUUUAUCGUAUAAACCCGUGGUAUUAAUACACGGGAUUAUGACAGGAAGUAACAGCAUGGAGAUGAUUUUACAUAGAAUUAAAGAGAAACAUCCUGGCACUAUUAUUUACAAUGUCGAUAGGUUUGAGAGUUGGUCCAGUUUGGAAACAAUGUGGCAUCAAGUGAUGGAGAUUGGACAGGAUCUGGCCAACAUAACGGCUAAAUAUCCAGAUGGAAUAAAUCUUAUUGGGUAUUCACAAGGUGGUCUCGUCGCUCGCGGCAUUGUACAGACAUUUUCCAAUGUCACUAUUGACACAUUUAUUUCGUUAAGCUCACCGCAAGCUGGUCAAUAUGGAGCUGGUUUUCUCCACUUGGUGUUUCCUGGUCUUGUGACAGAUGAAGUCUAUGAAUUGUUCUACUCCCGAGUGGGACAACACACAUCUGUUGGAAAUUAUUGGAAUGAUCCAUUCCACCAGCAACUUUAUGAGACUUACAGUGUAUUCCUGCCCUAUCUCAAUAACCAUAUUCCGUCAGCCGAAUCGCAAAACUUCAAAGACAAUAUUCUGAGACUGAAAAAGCUGGUAUUGAUUGGUGGUCCCGAUGAUCAAGUUAUAACGCCCUGGCAAAGCAGCCAAUUCGGGUAUUACAACUACGGUAACAAGACAGUAAUAGAGAUGAAGGAUCAGGCCAUUUACAAGGAGGAUCGCAUAGGACUACGGGCGCUGGACGAGAGCGGCCGUCUGCAUGUGAUCACGGUUCUCGGGGUCAAUCACUUCAACUGGCACACCAAUGUCACGAUAGUGGACAAUUAUUUACUACCACAUUUAAGUUAAUUAGACUUUCAUAACCUCAAAUUGAACAGUAAUGGUAUAUUAGUUAAUUGAAACAAGUCUAGGGGUAUUAGAAAUUUUUGUUGUUUUUAUGUAAUCAUGGCUUAAUCAAUCAUUCCAAUCAUGUUAUAUACAUAUAUACAUACUAGUAGACCCGGCCACGCGUUGCUGUGGCUAAGGUUCUAUAUUUAUUUAUCUGGAAUGUUAAAUUUCAAAGAGUCGCGGGCCUAAUGGUUUCCUGCCACAACUUAGCACAAAUGGUGUUCUGAGUUCCAAUCCUGCCGAUAUUAUGAAGCUUUGUAUAAAUUUAUUUACCGGAAAUAUUU